ACGCACUUCCGGUGCGCCAAGGGAUCCUGAGCGCGUGGGGCUCUGCGUGCUUGCACUUCCGGUCUUGGAAUUUCAGGCGCGUGUGGCGUUCGUGCGGUCUGUGAUCGGCAAGCAAGAUGAGGCCCGGUUUCAGCCCUCGCGGGGGACGUGGGGACCGCGGAGGACGCGGCGGCUUCGGGGAUCGUGGACGCGGAGGCUUCCGAGGAGGUCGAGGUGGAUUUAAUUCUCCUGGAAGAGGAGGUGGAGGACCUUUCCGAGGCGGCAGGGGAGGCAGCAGAGGAAGAGGUGGCCCACGUGGCGGCGGCCGAGGAGGUCGGGGUGGCUUCAGAGGAGGCAGAAAGGUGACAGUGGAGCCUCAUAGGCAUGAAGGAGUUUUCAUCUGUAGAGGAAAGGAAGAUGCACUUGUGACAAAGAACAUGGUACCUGGGGAGUCUGUGUAUGGAGAGAAGAGGAUUUCUGUCGAGGAUGGUGAAAUAAAGGUGGAAUAUCGUGCCUGGAACCCUUUCCGUUCUAAGCUGGCUGCUGCGAUCCUUGGGGGCAUUGAUCAGAUUCAUAUCAAACCAGGCAGCAAAGUGUUAUACUUGGGAGCAGCAUCAGGGACUACAGUGUCUCAUGUCUCUGACAUAGUUGGACCGGAAGGUCUUGUGUAUGCUGUUGAGUUUUCCCAUCGCUCAGGCCGCGACCUCAUUAAUGUAGCAAAGAAGCGAACCAACAUCAUCCCUGUAAUCGAGGAUGCCCGACACCCACACAAAUACCGCAUGUUGAUUGGCAUGGUGGAUGUAAUCUUUGCAGAUGUAGCUCAGCCUGACCAGUCACGUAUAGUUGCUUUAAAUGCACACAAUUUCUUAAAAAAUGGUGGCCAUUUUGUCAUCUCCAUUAAGGCAAACUGUGUUGACUCAACAGCAGCCCCCGAGGCAGUUUUUGCAUCAGAGGUAAAGAAAAUGCAGCAGGAAAAUAUGAAACCCCAAGAACAGUUAACUUUGGAGCCCUAUGAGCGAGACCAUGCAGUGGUGGUUGGCAUUUACAGGCCACCACCUAAACAGAAGAAAUAAUGUGUAGGAGCUAUUGAUGUCUUUCAUGACAAUGCUUCAGCUCUGAAUGUCCCCUCAUUAUACUUUAUGAAACAGGUCUUUUUCUACAGAAGAAACCCCGCCUUCCAAAGAGCAAUGUGUUCAUGUUGCUUUUUAUUUGUAUUUGAGAUUCUCAUGUAUGCAUAUUUUUAUUAAAAUAACUAAUAUAGAGA